AUGGUCUGUUUGGGAAGGGCAGCGAUUAUAGAGAGUAGAAUUCUGGUUUUUCACGCGGAGAAGGAGCAGAAGCCAAACAACAACCUCAACAGGAAACAACCAAUCCCGCCGUUGGUCGAAUCGGAGGAGCUCCAAUUCCGGUUCAAGUCAUCAUCUCCACCUCCGCCGGCGUCAUCAGCAUUGUUCUUUCAAGCCACAAGACCACCGCCGAAGAAGCAGCAGAAAAUGGCGACGGAUCGAGGCAGCGGCUUGUCAUCGUCGUCGACGUUGAUGUUGACUUCUGGAGCGAGCGGCCGCAUAAACGCCCUCUUCUCGCUGCAGGUGCUGCGGAGUCUGAUGAUGCUGAUUAACGCCUUCUUCCUGCUCCUCCUGCUCCCAUUUCGCGGCCGCAAGCGAGCGCCGUUGUCGUCCGCCUCUUCGUCUGCGGCGGCGGCUUCGCCUGUCUUGGCGGAGAAGUCGGCCAAGGACGAGAGGCAGCCGAGGGUGCCGGUGGUGCGGGUGCCGACGAAGAUAGUGCCGUGGAAGUGCAGCUCGUCAUCGCCGGUGGACCAGGAGGCGGCGGCGAGGAGGGCGUUAGCAAAGCUAAGAGUUGUACAAGAUGAUGAUGAGAAUUCGGUCAGGCAAUAUUCGCUCUUUGCGACUGCGCGAGGUGAAACUCUCUUCACGCAGAGUUGGACUCCCGUUUCCGUUAACAUCAGGGGCGUAGUUAUUCUUAUGCAUGGUCUGAACGAACACAGUGGAAGAUACAGCGACUUUGCAAAGCAACUGAAUGCUAAUGGAUUUAAGGUUUACGGAAUGGAUUGGGUUGGUCAUGGCGGGAGUGAUGGGCUUCAUGCAUUCGUACCUUCUCUCGAUUAUGCUGUUACUGAUAUGAAAUUAUUUCUCGAAAAGGUUUUAGCUGAAAAUCAUGGCCUACCGUGUUUCUGUUUUGGGCAUUCCACAGGUGCAGCCAUUGUCCUUAAGGCAAUGCUUGACCCAAAAUUUGAGUCCCACAUAGACGGUGUAGUGCUCACAUCACCUGCAGUUGGGGUUCAGCCUUCGCAUCCAAUAUUAGUGGUAAUUGCUCCCAUUGUCUCAUUUUUGCUGCCAAGAUACCAAAUCAGUGCAGCAAAUAAACAGGGCAUGCCAGUUUCUCGUGACCCGGCGGCUUUAGUUGCCAAGUAUUCGGACCCUCUAGUGUACACUGGAUCCAUCCGCGUGAGGACUGGUUAUGAGAUUCUCCGAAUCACAUCCUACUUGCAGCAGAACCUAACCAAAUUGACGGUACCCUUCUUCGUUCUCCACGGAACAGCGGAUACUGUUACUGACCCCGAGGCCUCCCAGAAGCUGUACGAUGAAGCCUCCUCAACUGACAAAACCAUCAAACUGUUUGACGGGUUCGUACAUGACCUUCUCUUUGAGCCAGAGCGAGAAGCCAUUACGAAGGAUAUCAUUGACUGGUUGAAUCACAGAAUAUGAAGCAGCUAGGUAGUGCAGCAGUGGGACAUGAAGAUUGAUAAGUUAUGGGACGAAAAGGAAAAUGGAUCGAUCGAUACGAGUGACCAUUUUUGUGGAAGCAGAAUAUGGAAAAACCCAAAAUUUAUUGUGGCUAAAUAAAAACUCAGCAUAUUGUGUUGAAACUUGAAACAUCGUGACAUUGUUUUCUUGUUGGGUAUUUUAAAGAUUAUCCGCCGUUAUGAAAAUGAGGUUGAUCCAAAAU